CUCAGGUUUUUGCAUCUGACCACAGGUCCGAGUCCUCUAUCGACGACGCAUUAAAUAUGACUAAAUAAAGAAAUAAAAUCAGGGCUUGUUGACCAACGCAGAUGUUUUAAACAUGACUGCACCAGACAGCGAUGUGCUCACGCCGUGUCUUCUCCUCAUAUCCUCCGAUCAGGAGCGCUACCUCUGUGUCAUGGCGACGUCCGUGUCUUCAUCGGGGAGUAAAGAUCUCGGGCUCAGGAGUGCAUCGCUGCUCGGCAAAACGUCGUGGAUCUCCAUCAUGAGUGAGAUAAAAAACUUCACCGUGCCGUGUUUGGAUUUGGACACGUUCCUCUCAGCGAAGGUGAAACUGCGCCAAGAAGGCUUUCUGGAUUCCAACAUGAAAACCUGCUUGGAUUUUGCGAUCCAGACGCUGGAGAAAUUCCCUGCCUCUAAACGUCGUGACGUCUCUCUCACCUUUGAAGGAGAGAGGCAGCUGGUUCGGUUCACUGCAGGAAACCCCGUCCUGCUGUACGUGGUCCGUGUGGGUCAGAAAGGUCCAGAGCUUCAUCAGAAAGUCCCGGUUGGGUCUCGUCUCGUCCCCUCGUGCCUGAGCGAGUCUCACUUCGCCGGGCAUCGCUGCAGAGACGAGCUGGAGAGCUGCGUGGAUCGAGCGAGGCGCGUUUUAAGCGCGGAAAUCGAGUCGGAUCCGUCGUCUCAGAGCCAGCUGGAGCUGAGGAUCGUGUGCGGUGAGCUUCAGAUUACUUACACUACCCAGCAGCCUCAGCGCAGCCUUUUCGUCUGCCCUCGCCGUCGAGUGUGCUUCGGCAAAACGCUGAACCUGGAGAAGCUCCUGGAGACCAAAACACGUCUGGAGAGAAGCGGCGAGAUGAAGGAAGGCCUGCUGGCUUGUUUCCAGCACCUGCUGAUCAACUACAGUCAGUUUCAGGAGGAAAACAUCCGCGUCCUCAUCCAGAGUGACGGAGAGCUGGUGGAGCUCGUCUGCGGACGCGACGGAUACCACAGCACGCAGCACUUCAUCUUCACCGACGGACAGAAUCGAGCUCACAGCCACAGGGUUCAGGACAUGGAGCUGUGGGAGUACGAGUGA